CCUCUCUCUCUCUCUCCUCCACACUCACCCCACCCCGCUUCUCCUUUCUUUCCCCGUUGAAUUUCCAUCCCAUUUCGUUCUUGAAUUUGCUGCUGCCUCCUUUUGAUCCGCCAUGAGGAUGAGCUGCAAUGGCUGCCGAGUUCUCCGCAAGGGCUGCAACGACACCUGCCCCAUCCGCCCCUGCCUCCAGUGGAUCAAGUCCCCCGAGGCGCAGGCCAACGCCACCGUCUUCCUCGCCAAGUUCUACGGCCGCGCCGGCCUCAUGAACCUCGUCACCGCCGCCCCCGACCACCUCCGCCCCGCCGUGUUCCGGUCUCUGCUUUACGAGGCCUGCGGCCGGAUCGUGAACCCGGUUUACGGCUCCGUCGGUCUGCUGUGGUCCGGAAGCUGGAACCUGACCCAGGCCGCCGUGGAGGCCGUGCUCAAGGGUUCCCCCGUCUCGCAGAUGCCCUGCGAUACUGCGGCCGCCGCCCCCGCGCCGCCCUUCAAGGCCGCCGUUUGCGACAUCCGCCACGUCUCCAAGCCUGCCGACGCUGGGCUGCACAAAGUCAACAAGCCGCGCUCUCGCUUCAAGCGCCCCGGCGUCGCCAAGCCCGCCAAAGGGCCGGCCGCGCCGUCAGUGGAGUUCGCCAUUAGCCUCGGAGAUGAAGAGGAGGAGGAGGAGGAGGAGACGAUGUCGUCGGCGGCGUCGCACGUGAGCCAAGGCGAGCCUGGGACGGAGGUGGAAGCGGAUGAGGGAGUGAUGAGCCUGGAGCUCACGCUGGGGCUGGAGCCGGUCCCGGUGUCGGGCCACGCCGUGCAGGCGGCGGCAAGGGCGCUAUGCGACCUCAGAGUCAGAGGGUGGGACGCCGACGCUCGAGCGGCGGAUCUCGUCCUGUCGCCGCCUGGAACUUGUUGAACAUAACCAACAGUAGCUUUUUUUUUUCCUUAACAAUUUUGCCCUUUUUCUCCCUUUAUAUAUCGGUAAUAGCGGAGUUUGUAGCUUUCUUCCUUCGCUUUCCUCUGUUCUGUUCUGUUCUAUCCUAUCUUGAUGUUUAAUCAAAUACCUGAAGUCAAUGGUAGAUUAAUGAUCGAGUGUAUUCGCUCAUUUGGUUUCA